AUGAGUUGUAUUUUGGUUCACAGGUCGGUGGACUCCCAAGAUGCAUGUAUGCACGCAGAAAUCAGAACCAGAAUUCCUGAUACUGUCUCGUGGGACUACCAUUUUGAGCAUGCAGGGGAUACUCCAGUCACUUUUACUGUCAGGUCUGCCAUCCUAAAAGAAUCAGUUGAUGACCUUGAGUGGCCAGGCUCAAGCAUUCAGAUUCAAUUUCAACCAAACCCUCCUUCCGUAAUAUUCAUAGGCGAAGGGCAUGGUGACUUGGAGAUUGAAUUCUCCUACUACGCAAAUCCUGAUCUUCUAAUUGCAUUCCAGUGUGACCAUGAAGUAUCGUACAGGUAUAAGUACAAGUUUCUUCGUGCCACUACCUCAAAUGUUCCAAGUAGUGUCUUGAAGGAAAAUCGUGGGAGUAAGGUGACGAUUGGAAGGGGAGGGAUGCUCAAAAUCCAGCAUCUGGUUUCAGUUGCUAGACAAGGUAUACAAUCCUACCAUAAUGUUUCUAGAGGGGCUCAACAGCCAAGCCGGAUUGCUUUUAUUGAAUUCUUUGUGAAGCCAGAAGUGGACGAUUAAAAUGACCCCUAGUACUUGUGGUAUAGGUUAUGUUGUUGGGCCUGUGUCAUCUUUGCAUUAGGUCUGGCUUUGUCUGAACAGCUAAUUACUAGUCUCAGAUCUGUGGAUCUUUCUUGUAUGGGGAUUAAUUGCUAUUUAUGAACCUGAAGUAAGCUCAUGGUAUUCUUUUUGUA